GCCACCUUUCCGCCUGUAGUUUUCCACCAUUUUGCUGUGGCGAGCGUCGUCCCGGGCUAGCAUCUCGCUUUAGUUGCUAUUCUGGUUUCCUCUUGGCAUCUUACUUGUCUCCUUGACUCGAACCGGUUUUGCUGCGCUGGUAGACCCCCCACCAUCCGCGGCGUAUGUAUACCUCGCACGAGCCCAUCUCGGGUCUGCAGCCGACGGCUACUCAUGUACGUUUUGGAGAUAAAACGAAUAGCUUUCACCAGACUAUCGUAUUAUAUGGCCCUCGAAAACUAGCAUUUGGCUGACACUCGUUACUAUUUAGGAAUAUUAUAUCGGCAUUGACGUUGGUACAGGUUCAGCCCGCGCCUGCAUCAUCGAUGAUACGGGAGACAUUAAGGCUCUCGCUUCCGAGAACAUCAAGCUAUGGCAGCCUGAGAAUGGCUAUUACGAACAAUCUACAACUGAUAUUUGGCGAUGCAUCUGCGAAUGUGUACGCAAAGUCGUUAGCGAGUCGAAUGUGAACCCAGACUUAAUCAAGGGCAUUGGCUUCGAUGCCACUUGUUCUCUUGCUGUAUUUCAUACCGAAACUGACGAACCAGUACCUGUUACUUGUCCAAACUUCGCCAACGAUGGCAAUGACCGCAAUGUCAUUCUCUGGCUCGACCACCGCCCCGUCGAAGAGACUGAGAAAAUCAACAGCACAGGUCACAACUUACUCAAAUACGUCGGUGGCAAGAUGAGCAUUGAGAUGGAAAUGCCCAAAGUCCUAUGGCUCAAGAACAACAUGCCCCCAGAACUCUUUGCGAAAUGCAAGUUUUACGACUUGGGUGAUGCGCUCACCCACCUCGCCACAGGAAACGAGUACCGCAGCUUCUGUAGCACAGUCUGCAAACAAGGCUUUGUUCCAGUGGGUGUUGAUGGCACCGUCAAGGGAUGGCAGGAGGACUUUUACCGCCAAAUCGGUCUUGAAGAUCUCGUCGAAGAUGACUUCUUGAGAAUGGGUGGCGUCGAUAGGGUGAACGGAAAUUAUGCUAGCGCUGGUGAAUGUGUUGGAACACUGAGUAAACUUGCUGCUGGCCAACUUGGCUUACCACAGGGUAUCGCCGUUGGUAGCGGUGUCAUUGAUGCCUACGCCGGCUGGAUUGGCACUGUUGGUGCCAAGGUCGACCUUGGGGAUGACGAGCUCAACUCUAACGUCCCAGCCAAUGACCUCUCCCAGGCCUUUACGAGGCUUGCUGCCGUAGCAGGCACCUCAACCUGUCAUUUAGCCAUGUCCAAGAACCCUGUGUUUGUACCUGGUGUCUGGGGUCCUUAUCGCGAUGUCUUGCUACCAGAGUACUGGAUGGCCGAAGGAGGUCAAUCAGCUACUGGAGAGCUCUUGCGUCACGUUCUUGAUAUUCACCCAGCAUACAAUGAAACUUGCGCUCUAGCCAAGGCCGAAGAUAAGCAUAUUUAUGACUUUCUCAACUCGCGUCUCGAACACAUAGCCGAGAAGCAAAACACCACCUCCAUUUCCUACCUCGGCCGACACAACUUCUUCUAUGGCGAUUUUUGGGGCAACAGAUCGCCGGUAUCCGACGCAAAUAUGAAGGGAGCCAUGAUUGGUAUUGACAGCGACAAGAGCACCGAUAACAUGGCCAUAUGGUAUUAUGCAACCAUGGAAUUUAUUGCCAUGCAAACACGGCAGAUUAUCGAGCAGAUGAACAAUGCUGGGCACGAGAUCUCCUCCGUCUUUAUGUCCGGUUCUCAGUGCCAGAACCCGGUUCUUAUGAAGCUCAUGGCUACAAUUUGCGGUAUGCCCGUGUUGAUUCCCCAAUAUGUCAACGCUGCUGUUGUCCACGGCGCAGCCAUGCUUGGUGCCAAGGCGGCCAGUCACAACGUCGAGGGUAAGGAACCUGAGACUCUUUGGAGCAUCAUGGACCGCAUGAGCAAACGCGGUCGCUUAGUGGAGCCUGGAAAGGACGCUGGCGAGAAGGCUCUCUUGAAUGCCAAAUAUGAGAUAUUCCUCGACAUGUGCAGGACUCAGCAGGAGUAUCGUAAGAAGGUUGAUGCUGCCAUUGGUAACUGGGGAGUGAAGCCUGCAACUUAAUAAGCCGUAAGUCAUGAUUAGAUCGCAUUCUUUCACUGUUUUGUUUAUAUAUCGUUUGUAAAAUUAGUGAUUGCCAGAUAGUUUGUGAAUAACACGGGUCUAAAGCGUAGGAGGCUGAUUUGCACCCAGACCAUUGAAAGCCUGAUAACGACUUGUAAGCGAUU